GCGCCAAGCCCUCAGCUUAACCGACGCCGCCGCAAGCCGUAUAAAGCAGCUUCUCCAACAACGACAGCGUUCUUUUCUUCGGCUCGGCGUCAAAGCUCGCGGCUGCAACGGCUUGUCCUACACCCUCAACUACGCCGCUGCUUUUAGAAACUCAAGAUAUGCAAAAAGAAAGAAAAAGAAGAAGGAUAUAGUGAAAGAAACAAAGGCUAAAUGGAGAAUGAGAGAAAUUGUUUCAUGCUGCUCAACCUUUUCUAUGAGUUUGUGCUCAUAUGUGUAGAGAUACUCUCUUCGUCUUUUUAGUUGUUUCACAUUGAUCUUGCAUUAUUCGCAUUAACACAUCCUGGUUAUAUUGUUUUAGUAAUAUAUAAAAACAAAUGUGAUGAUGUAAAAUAUUGUAUUUAUUAUUUUAAUGUUAGGCCCUUAUAUAUUGUUUAGUGGGUAUAUAUUUUGUUUGGGCUAUUGUCAAUUAGGGCCCUAAAUUGUUUAUACUAGGUUGUAUAUAUACUUUACUCACAUGAUCAAUGAAAACCAAGGAAGAUUAUUUCCUAACAUGGUAUCGGAGCCUAAAACAAACCCUAAAAUCUGAUUUUUUUUUUUUUUUUUUUCUUAAUUCUCUCAUAAACGUUCGAUCGCUCAACAAUGGGGGAUGAAGAAAAAAUUGCUAUGUCUUCUCCGUUUUACCUUGGCGCGGGAGACCAACCCGGAAACUUGAUCACUCACGUGGUUUUGAAGGGAGAUAAUUAUUUGGCAUGGUCUAGGGCAAUUACAUUGUCUCUACGAUCUCGAAGAAAAUUUGGAUUCGUCGAUGGUACGAUUACCAAACCGACUGAAAAGAAGAAAAUACUUGAUUGGGAGACGGUCAAUUCGAUGCUCGUUUCUUGGAUACUACGAUCUAUGGACCCUAAAUUAGCGGCGUCAAUGCCCUAUUUUGAUGAGGCUAAACGCCUAUGGGAUUAUUUGGAGAAACAGUUCUGCAUCUUCAAUGGUCCACGUCUUCGACAAUUAAGAUCGAAGAUCACUGAUUGCAAGCAAACGAAGGGGAUGACGGUAGAGGACUACUACAACACGCUCAUGGCUUUGUUUGAUGACCUCACGAGACUCAAACCUCCUCAUGGCUGUGAGUGUGGCCUGUGUACGUGUAAUGUAGCGGGAAAAUACGCUGCAGACAGGGAAGAAGAAAUCCUCCACCAAUUUCUGAUUGGUAUAGACGAUGAUGUGUAUGCGGCUGUGCGUACGAACUUGCUAUCCCAGCAGCCUUCUCCUGAUUUAAACCGCGCUUAUCAGGCUCUUCUUCAAGAAGAGGAGUCGCGUGGCAUUGCUAAAGGGAAGGCUGAUAAAGAAGCCGUGAAGGAUGCCCAUGCCUUUGCUGUUUCAACUGCUCGACCGAAGGGUUUUCCGGAUCGUCGAGAUGAAACAAAAUUGUUCUGCGCUCAUUGCAAGAAUACAGGACACGACUAUGAAGGCUGUUUUGUUCUUCACGGCUACCCCGACUGGUGGUAUGAAUUGAAGCGUGGGAAGCCUGCUGCUGCUGGUACGAGUGCAGCGCGUUCCUCCUCGAAGCCUGCUGCUGGGGCUGCUGCUGCAUCCUCUGAUACGGGGUCAGGGAAGUCUGCUACAGGUGCUGUAGCUCGUGCCAAUGCUGUCCAUUCCACUACGGCUUUGGCAGCUUCUGGAAGUAGUGACAAUGUGUCCCUUGCUGACUUAAAACCCGAAGAUAUUCGGGUUUUACUGAACAUGGUCAAUCAUCAGCAACAAGAUCGCUUGAUAGGUGAGUCUUUGUCCAGGUCUUGGAUUAUAGACACGGGAGCGUCUCAUCAUGUCACGGGUGAUGUUUCUUGCUUGGUGGAUAUUAUUUCGAUUUCUCCAUGCCCCGUCGGCCUUCCUAAUGGUGAUCAAGCCGUGGCAGUGCAAGAAGGGCGUGUCUUUUUGGAUGGACCAACGAUCGGGGAGCCUGAUUGGAGCCGGUGAACGGAAGGAGGGACUCUACUAUUUAGUAUUUACGGCGACUUCCAACAGUAUGUGCGAUUCAAGUGUCCGAGAUUUCUGUCUUUGAGCUAUGGCAUCGUCGUCUUGGUCAUCCGUCGGAUAGAGUAGUCAAGUUAGUUCCUGCUGUUCAAACCAGUAUUACUAAAAAAUUACAUAAAGCUUGUCGUGUGUGUCCACAAGCCAAACAAUCUAGGAAUCCUUUUCCUACUAGUGAUAGUAAAGCUAGUCGUAUUUUUGAAUUAAUACACUGUGAUUUAUGGGGCUCGUAUAGAACCCCUUUUACUUGUGGUGCUCAUUAUUUUUUGACAUUGGUUGGUGAUUAUUCCCGUGGUGUUUGGGUUUAUUUGUUGAAUUCAAAAACUGAAGUUUCUUCU